AUGGCGUCCUUUAAUUCACUUCCCUCUGAAUUACUGCAACUGAUGUGUACAUUCAUGAAUCCGAAUGACAUUUUCGAACUAUGUAUGGUAAAUCGGUUUUUCUUUGAAUGUGGCUAUCCAAAUCUUUUCUAUCAAGUCAAAUUAACCUCGAAUAGACGGUUGGAAUCUUUUCUCACUCUAUUGGAAGAGGACAAAUGGAAUGCUCAGUCUUAUGCCCCUCGGAUCGAAUCUUUGAAGUUUUUAUCUACCAGAUUAUCCCUAUCCGAUAUCGAUUGUAUUCAAAUUUAUUGUCAAAAUAUCAAACACCUCGAAUUUGACCGAUUUGCAUGGUGGUCACCCUUUUCUCAACAGUACACUGGAUAUAAUCAGCAGCCUUCUGUGACACCCUCAAUUUUCGAUAUGCUUGAUCACUUCUUGAAAUUCUAUACUCAAUUGGACUCGUUAUCUAUGGAUUUGGGUGGAACUUCCAGACAUUCUCACCUCAUGCCUCGUAUCAUCUUCCCUUUUACACGCCAUCUUACCCGUCUUACUCUCAGCGAUAUGUGUAAUGGUUUUUCAAUGCUCGAACUCGAUGGACUCCACAAUAAUUCUCCCCAGCUUGAACACCUUUCACUCUCAGGUUGUGCUAUGUUUACCUCUCGACGAAACAUCACCACUGUACAACGUAUACAUACUCUUCGAUCUCUGGAACUCCACUUUAAUGUAGGCUGGGACUAUCAUCACGAUUGGUUAUGGUAUUUUGCCAAAAAAUACGAAGGUCUCACCUCCUUGAUUUGUGAAUGCACCACCACAACUUCUCGCUACUACAGCAGGCACACGAAUCAACUCCCAAGUUAUCAGCUGUUUGCUCAACAACAUAUGUCCACACUAAAUCAUUUGGAAUUUAUCAAUUUGGUAUUUGAUAAUGAUCUGUAUCUUACUUUAUUCCAUGCGAACGACUUUUCCAGUCACAACGACAAUAAUCAACAAUUGAUUACCACGACGACGACAUCUUCGACUACAGCACCUACGAUCGGUCUCACUUCAGCACGAUUCAGCAGCACUACUGACAUUAUGGAUGAUGUUCUAUUCGAAGCAAUCAUUUGGUAUUUGCGAAAGACCAUUCAAACUCUGUUUAUCACUUGGACGUUGGAUGAUCUCUCUAUUGGUGAAGGUUUCUUACUAUGUACUCAUUUGACCGAUUUGACUAUUGCACAACCUUGUCAUCUAUUUCGACAUGGAACUAAUGCCAAAUUACCAAUCAGCUUAAUACUCCAAUGGUGCCCACUACUUACUCGACUACACCUCAUUCAUGUAUGUAUUACUAUCAGCGGCGACUCUAGUGUGACAAACAAUCAAAUUCAGCAUCCUUUGAAAGAACUCGUCCUUGCUUCUUCAGAUAUCCCUACUUCUUUAUUGAUAUUGGAAGAUCAUGGUCUCACAAACAUCCGGCGAAUGACUAUCAACCAUUGCUUUAUUACCGAUUUGAACUUUGACGAAAAUGAUCGUACCUCAACUAUGAUCUAUUGGCUUUUCCCCACUUUUCCAGCAAGUGCUCCAAAUUCUCCUGUUUCCAUAGAUCGGUCUAUUAGUCUCUCUCUACAUGGUCUCUAUUUCCAACCUACUGCUACUACUCUUCCGAAACUGUCUUUUGAUUACCUCUGCUUGUAUCAAAGUGAUAAUGAUUCUCAUCAAUUAUGGAGUAUUCGGUCACCCCUCUCGCACAAAGUGAAAUUGGUUUCCGUGUCGCAUUCCAUCGCAAGAAGAAAGGCUGGUCAACUCAAACGAAAAUCAUCCUACUCUCAAACUGGUGAACCUCCAGACUAUACUGACGGCGAAGGUCAUGAUAUCAGUGUUGGACUCUUGGAAGGAAAGACCAUGGAAGUCCAUUCAACCCUCACUCUCAUCAAGUUGCAAGAAGGCAAUAGGACGGCAUAUCGUUUAUCAGGCUCUAUGCAUCUAAUACUAUUGUGAUUAUCUCGUUUAGUUGUUGAUUUAGUAUUUUUUUUUUUCACUAUGAUCUGUUCGUUGUUU